AAAGAAUGUCUCCUAGAUAUGUAGUCAUUUGCUAGCUAUUGUUUUAUGUUCGAAUUUAGAUUAAUUCAAAUGCACGUGAGCCCUGAUGACUAAGCUCAGUUGUAUUUCCUAUUUUAUAUACCAGGGGUCGGCAACCCAAAACGUCGAAAGAGCCAUAUUGGACCAAAACUACAAAAAACAAAUCUGUAUGGAGACUCAAAAAAUGAAAAGCCGUAUGUAAGUGUUAUAAUGAAGGCAACACAUGACGUGUUGACACGAUGAAGCCGGCAGCGCCAGUGACCGCUUGCUCCAUAUUUGACCUGUGCUCCCAGGAUGAUGUAGUAACAGGACUGAGGGAAGUCAACUGCUUCCUGAAACAGAGUGCCAAUGCAGAGCCAGAAAAGUUGGAGGAUAAAGGGUCGGCGGUUGUCAGAGAGGUCUCGGACAAGAUGGUGUGCUCGUCCUGUAGGUGCUCUUUUAUUAACCGUGAGGAACAGAUGGAGCACUACAAGCUGGAUUGGCAUCGCUUCAACUUGAGACUGAAGAUAUCAGGAAUGCCGCCGGUCACCACCGAGGAGUUUGAGAGGAAAACUGGAGAUGGAGAUGUGUCUAGUAUCUCGGGUUCAGAGUCUGACUCUGAGGAGGAAGAAGGAUCAGAUAUGGACCACAGGGAAAGGAACUGUAAUGCCGCUGGUGUGGAUAGUGCCAACUCAGAGGAUGCCAGUUUGAUGACUGCUCGGCUUUCCAGUAAAGUGUUGUUCCAGAACUCAGAAGGACAGUACUUGUCUUUCUACCGCUGCAUUCUACAGGGAAAAUCAGAUGAAGAGCAAGACCUGGCCUCGUCUUUGAAGUCCAUUAACAAGAAGACACUGUGGAUAAUCCUCAUGACGGGGGGAGGCCAUUUUGCUGGUGCAGUGUUCCAGGGAAAAGAAGUCCUACAGCACAAGACCUUCCAUCGAUACACUGUUCGUGCAAAGCGGGGCACCGCCCAAGGACUGAGAGAUUCUCAAAACCGCAGUCACACACCUAAGUCUGCAGGAGCCGCUCUCAGGCGAUAUAACGAGGCAGCGCUUGUCAAGGACAUUCAGGAUCUUUUGGUGACCUGGGGUGAGCACCUGAAGGAAGCGUCUGCCGUAUUUGUACGAGCCCCAAGCUACAAUAAAGCAAUCUUCUUUGGCGGCCGUACGAGUCCGCUGGACAAAAAGGACUCCAAGAUCCGUAGCGUCCCCUUUGCCACACGCAGGGCAACCUUUCGAGAAGUACAGCGGGUACACCAUGUGCUUUCCACAGUUCAUGUUCAUGGGAAGGACACUGACAUGUCUACCUUUAGCAACGUACCAAAAAAGCCAUGGAAGAAGACUGUCCAGCCUGCAGCACCACCUAAGGUGGACCAGGAGGAAGCACAGGCUUGCGAUAGCAGCUCAGAUAAGGAGCAAGAAGGUGAGAUUCAGCUCGUCAUGAUGGAAUUGACCGUGGGAAGUCAGCAUCUCAAGGAGUUUGAAGUUCAACCCUCCAGACAGAAUAGAAGAAAGAGGAGGAAACAAAAAAAGAAGGAAGAAGAAGAGGACACGGCAGAGCUCAGGAACACCGAAAUGGACGACAAAGACAAGGAAGAAGACACAACUCAGCGGACACAAUCAAAGAUAAAGAGUAGGGGGAAGAACAAUUCAGAAGAGAAAAAUGUGAAUCUAGUAGCAGGGGAUGACUACUGGGAGUACAGCAUGAGAGAUACCCUCUUCACAGCCUGCAAAGUUGGGGACGUGGAUGCCCUGUGCUCACUCCUCCAUCUUUCCGGAAAGACCCUGGAGCUGUCAGAGGGCGACGCCACGGAUGUUUCCGGUCCUUUAAGUCUUCUUAAUAAGCGCACUGACUCUUCAGGGUUCACUUUGCUGCAUGUUGCAUCAGCAGCUGCUCAGAAGGCAGUCGUCAGGCUGCUGCUGGACGCUGGAGCAGACCCCACAUUCAGUGACAUAAAAGGGCAGACGCCAUAUAAUGUCAGCCCCGACAAGGAGACUAGGAAUGUAUAUCGGAAAUACAUGGCUGACAAUCCUGACAAAUAUGACUACAAUAAGGCGCGGAUACCUGGGCCAUUAACACCAGAGAUUGAGUCUAUGAAGAUGGAGAAGAAGAAGGCUCAAAAGGCGCUGAAAAAACAGCGGGAAAAAACACAGAAGGAUGAGAAGAGGAAACAAGAGCUGGAAGAGAAGGAAAAGAAGAGGUUUGCUUCUUUAUCUGACCGAGAGAAGAGAGCUUUGGCAGCUGAGAAGAGGUUGGCACAACAAGUUGUGGCAUCAGUAACCAGUUUAUCGAACGUCAAGCGGUGUUGGCAGUGUGGAGAGUCUCUGCAGGGCAAGACCCCAUUCCAGUACCUUGAUUUUUCCUUCUGCACUCCUCGAUGUGUGCAAGCACACAGAAAAGCUAAUGCUCCAUCUGGAAAAAGCUAACAGGAAGGUACCACCCCUAAUUGGACUCUUAAAACGGCUGUCUUCCAUUGUGUAAAAAGGAAAAGUAUGAUUGCUUAUGGAUCUUUGUAGAUCACAGGAAGUGCUCAUUUAAAUAGCAUCUGCAUUAUAAACAUUCACUCUUACCCUUUUUGAGCACAUUCUAAAUAGCCAUUAUAUAGCACUUUUGGACUGGAAAUGUGCUCAGGCUGUCACAUUUAAAAAUUACAAAGUAAUCUCUCAAAAAUAUUACAGGAACUGGAUCAGAAAAAAUCAUGUUAUAAGAAUAGCUGUGUUAAUAUGGGGGAGAGGGAAAUAAGCCAUAAUAUAACAGGAAUAAAGUUUUAUUUUCAUUGAG